AUGAUGGUCCACGCCAGUGAGUUGUGGGAUGUCCGUACCAGCACCUCUGAUUUGGCUGACACCAUCGACGUGAGCACCCAACACAGCCUGAACAUCAUCAAAGGACAGCUGAGAGUCUUCAAUCUGGGAUAUGAGCCAUUUCAGAACAUUACUGCCCAUCAAGUCAUCGGAUUGGCCUGGCACAACCAGAAUAGGGACUACAACUUUAAAACCAUGCACUGUCAGCGUGAGAUCGUACAGAGCUGUGGGUGA